AUGACCGCGCAUCAAAUCGGCGUCGUGUUCAAUCCCACGGGGGGCCCGUUCACACUCAUCACAAGCUUCAUGCGCGGCAAGCGCGCCAUAGACUGGACGGACGCGUAUACUAUCCUCAAGGCGGGCCACUCGAGCCUCCUUCAACCUUCCAUGAUCACCCCCGCCACCAUGGACGCCGCCGCGGAAGACGGCCGGCUGGACAUUGUCCAGUAUCUCCACGCGCACCACAAUGGCGUCGGAUGCACCACCGACGCCAUCGACUUCGCGGCGGGCGAAGGACAUUUGGAAAUCGUGAAAUUUCUACGCCAGAACCGGUCCGAAGGUUGCACCGAGCAAGCGAUGAACUUCGCCGCAGCCGGGGGCUUCUUGGACGUGGUCGAGUACUUGUACCAUUGCACAAGCACGUAUGACAUUUCCCACGCCCUUUUGUACGCCUCAGACUUUCGACAAAAACAGGUGGUGGAGUGGCUGGAGUGUCAGCCGUGCCGCCGCCACCCCCUGCUUGACAGCUGCAGCAUGUAUACUCACGUGGAUGUGGUCGUUGCACCCCUCAGACGAAAGACAUUACUGGGCAAACUGAAAGCUAUGUUGGACUGGAACAUUGCGCCAGACUUGGCGCUGUAG